AUGGCGCUACAACGCGCAGGUCGAGCGCGGCGGGCCGGGACUUCGUUCAGCCAGGGCUUGGAUGCUUACACCUUUGGCGAGGAGGUGGCUGGCUGUUGCGCCGCCUUCUUUACCGGUUUUCUUUUACCGGUGGAGCCAGUGACGAGUAUGGUCGGUGGCAUGGUGGAUGGUGAUCCCAUCUUAGGGGAAGGAAUAUGA